CUCUCUCUCUCUUAAAGAAUCGUGCAAAACAGAAAACGUCUCAAAACUCGUGGCAGCCGCAGAUCGGAUCCAAAAGGAUCAGAUCAAAAUAUCCAUUCAUCAACAAGCUGGACCUGUCGGCGCUGAGGGAACAGGAGCAGGAUCUGUGCUCAUGUGUGUUUCAUCAGAGGAGACGGUUUAUGAGACAACAUGUCAACGCGUCCCAGCAGGUCCAGAUCUGACUUGGCACCUUGGUGGGACACUGGGUUCCUCAUGGAGCUCUGCAGGUUUGUACAGAUGGAUCUCUGGCCUUCAUCUGGGGCAUCAUGAUGUCACUUCAUGUGAGGAGCUCCCUUCAGACUUUUAAACUUUACAGAAAAACCUUUACAACACACGAGAGUCAAGAAAGACAGUAAAACAUCUUAUGUCUCCUUUACAUUAGAAUCCACUGAGGUGACGCGUGUUCUCUGAGCCUCAUUAAGACGUUUACAUCAUAGCACCUCAGCAGAUAGUGAUAUCCAGGCCUGACCCUCUGGCCUGAGACCAUCUUUGUCUCGUCGGCAUGUGCAGAUCCACGUCCCGUGACUCGCUCCCGGGCUAAAUAUACUCGUCCCUCUGCGAAGGUCACGUUUCGUCAUGCGGAGCAACAAGUUCUCAACGAGGUGCCAGCGAGGCGUGGAAGGCUUUAUGACCUGCAGCCUCUCACACACGAGGCGUCAGAGGAUGAAGUCGCUGCUCGUGACUGAUUAGCUUCAGGUUGAAGGAGUUCGAUGGAGAUAAAAGCUGCUGCAGCUCAGGAUGAUGUCGAUCCAGUGACCGGCUCCUGAAGCUAGGACUUUACAUUGUGACCUGUGCUGAAGGCUUCCUGACACAUCCGGUAGAGAUGGGUAACGGAAUAAACAAGGUUCUGCCGAAUCUCUACCUGGGAAAUAUCAAAGAUGCUCGAGACAAGGAGCUGCUGGCUCAGCACAACAUCAGACACAUCUUGUCCAUCCACGACACAGCUGCACCCGUCCUGGAGGACAUGAGGUACCUGUGUAUAUCUGCUGCUGAUCACUCCAAGCAAGACCUGACUCAGUACUUCAGAGACAGCAUCACCUUCAUCCACGAGUCUCGCCUGAAGGGAGAAGGCUGCCUGGUUCACUGCGUGGCGGGCGUGUCCCGCAGCGUGACCCUGGUGGUGGCCUACGUCAUGACGGUGACGGGCCGCGGCUGGGUGGAGGCGCUGGCGGCGGUGAGGGCGGCCCGGCCCUGUGCGGGGCCCAACCUGGGCUUCCUGAAGCAGCUGGAGGAGUUUGAAAACAUGGAGCUGAAAGAAUACCGGGCGUCGUGGAAGGAGCGGUACGGGAAUCAAACCUUCAACGACGAGGAGGAGCUCGCCGCUCUUCUAACCCGGAAGUCCACCUGCAGCAGCAGCGACACCAUAACGACCAGCAUCACUCCGGCGGCGGCCACAAGUCGAACCUGA